CAGCGACACUGCAAUCAUCAUUCAGUUCAUUCCGUUUUCUACUGUUUGUUGUUACUUGUGAAGAACCGAAAUCAUCAUGUCUGGACGUGGUAAAGGUGGUAAAGUCAAGGGAAAGUCAAAGACUCGUUCUUCCCGUGCCGGAUUACAGUUCCCAGUUGGUCGUAUUCAUCGUUUACUCCGCAAGGGUAAUUAUGCCGAACGUGUUGGAGGUGGUGCCCCAGUGUACUUAGCCGCUGUCAUGGAGUACUUGGCCGCUGAAGUUUUGGAAUUGGCAGGCAACGCCGCUCGUGAUAACAAGAAAACCCGUAUCAUCCCAAGGCAUUUGCAAUUGGCCAUCAGAAACGACGAAGAAUUGAACAAGCUUUUGUCCGGUGUCACCAUUGCCCAAGGUGGUGUACUACCGAACAUUCAAGCUGUUCUCUUACCGAAGAAAACCGAAAAGAAAGCAUAAGCUUUUACUUCGCAACGAAUUAAAACGGCCCUUUUCAGGGCCAACAA